AUGUUAGUCCUGUUUCUUUCUCGCUUGCGGAUUGAAUCGCUCGCUGCAGCAAAAUUCACAAUGGACUUGUUUGGGUCGGACGACGAGGACAACCUGCCGCUGCCAGCGAACGCGGCGACGACGACGACUGCCGCGGCUUCAUUAUCAGACACGCAGACGCACCAGCAACGGAGCCGGCAGUUUACCACCAGCGCACAGGACGACGACGAUGACGGCGCGAGCCAAGGCCAAGCUGCGGCGGCGGGAUCGCAGGGCCGCGUCGUCGACACACGGUCGCUGUUUGACGAUGACAGCGACGAGGAGGAGACGAACGGUCGAGGUGCUGCUGCUGCCGGUGCUGCUGCUGCGAGUGCUCGGACGGGACUGGACGAGGACGAUGAGGACGACAACGAUCUCCCAUCCACAGACGCGCUCAGUCAGCAAGCACGGCAGUCGCAAUCGGACAGUGCCUCCCAGCCGUCCAUGAAGCGAUCUGCCUCGUCUGCACAAGCGCCGCCGCCCCGGCCGCUGGGACCCAUGCUCAAGGAGAUGACCGCCUCGAUUCCUCAAGCACUUCCUCGAAGCCAUCUCGUCAAAUUGCCAAACUUCAUUUCGAUCGACAAUAACGAGUUUAUUCCAAGCGAGUAUCAACCACGAGAGGCAGGCGCAGACGAGGGCGAUCACAUCCGCCUGGAUGUCGAAAACACCAUCCGAUGGCGGUCAGUGGAUGACGGCGCUGGCGGUGCUGAACGCGAGUCGAAUGCUCGGCUUGUGCGUUGGUCGAACGGCACUCAGUCGCUCUUCCUCGGCUCCGAAGUUUUUGACAUUGCUGAUAAGAACAUUCUCGCAGACAACAACCAUCUCUUUGAAGUCUUGCCUCAGUAUCUGAUUGCGCAUGCAGUUGUCGAUUCGCGCUUCAUCUUCAAACCGCUGUCGGCUACCAGCGCCACGCAUCGCAAGCUGACGGCCUCCGUCGCGUCUCGCGCUGCCAAGAUGAACAAGUCGUCCGUCAUGCAAACCAAGGCAGUGAGCGAGCAAUCACGCCUGAGCGCGAUCCGCCAGGAGGACGAAACGAUUCGCGCCCGUUCGCGUCGUGAAGGUCGGCAACGCCAGCGUCUCGAGCAGGCCCAGAACAGCGGGCUGUCGGCUGACUUUUUGGAAGAUCGCCUGGAUGAUGGCGAUGAUUCUGCCAUCAGCCUGCGAAAUAUCCGCGAGAACGUUCUUCAUCGAUCAAAACGAGCACACGAUGACGAGGAUGAGGACGAUGAGGAGGAGCAAGAAGAGUCCGAUGGUGACGAAGACGCAGACACGCGCAUCUCGCGAGCCAAAGCAUACGAAGGAAACGGCGAUGCGCGCUCGCAACGUGCUGCCUCCCGAAAACGCCAUCGUGCGACUUCUGAUGAUGAAGACAGUGACUAGCGGCGCAUCUCCGUCGGGCGUUUGUUGUUUCUAUGCACUUUUGUUUCUCAAAUUUAUACACACCAAUUUCAAACACAUUGUUGCCUUGAAAGCUUGGACUUCAUGUGAUUGAUGGAUGUAAUAAUGUAUAACCAAACCAUACUUUAACAUUUACA